CGCCAUCUAACGUUAUUUUUAUCAACAACCUGUGUAUACAAAUUAUUUUUCGUAUUCACGUUUUGUAAAUAAAUUAAGCCUUAUAAAUUUGUUUUCAUGAUUUUUAGUUGAUUUGAUUAAUUUGUUGGUAAAAAUGAGUGACACUGAGGAGCCAGAAGUCCAUGAUGAAGUGGAAAUCGAGGACUUUACCUACGAUGCUGAAGAGGAAAAAUUCACAUAUCCGUGUCCAUGUGGAGAUUUAUUCGUAAUAACUAAAGAAGAUCUUGAAAAUGGUGAGGAAAUUGCUCGCUGUCCAACGUGUUCAUUGAUUGUUCGUGUUAUUUAUGAUUUCUCGGACAUAACAAAGUACUUUCAAUCAGCACAAACACAAACUGCUCUUGAACUAGUCACCAAAUAAUCUAAAUGGUUUCCAGAGGAGCUCCUCCUUCUUCAUCUUCAUCAUCUCUGAUGAAAAAAAAACAAGAAAACCCAAACCAAGUUUAAACUUAACUGUUGCUUAUUUUCAUUGCAUAUCAUUGGUAAAACGAAGCAAAGUUAAAAAUGUUAGUUCCAUUCAAUGUUCACGUUCAAAUUAACAAUGGAAGUGUUCAAACUGAGCAAACCUAUUACAAUCACUAUCAUUAAAUAAGUUUACCUUUUCCAUAUCAAAUAAAGUCUUGUCUUGAUCAAUUAUUUCUUCUCAUCUUUUUUACCUCACCUUGAUUUUUGCAGCAAAAAAAUCAAACCUUUGUGAUGAUAACUAUACAUUCAAUCUUUGAUUAAUAAAAGUUUUAAUCAAUGUAACAAUAUCUUUCAAUAUCAUUGUCUUUUUUUCAUUUAAUCAACUUUAACUCCUUUGCUUAUCGAAAAUAACAAAACAAAAUCAUCUUAGACAAUUGAAAGAUCUUCUAAUUGUUCCUAACAUUAUAAUCCCUGUUUUGUACCAAUUCAUUUUAAACUGUUUUUACUUCAAUCAUUACAAUCAACUUUUAAAUUCACCAAUUGACUCUGAAACUCAUAAUAAUCGAUUAAUUAAAGAUGGCAACAAAAUUGCUGUUUCUUCUUCCCAUUGCGAUACUCAUAGUUAUAUCCACCUUUUGUCUUUGGAAAUAUUUACCUGGAAUCAAACCUCUCGAUUAUGGUUUGACAAUUGAUGCUGGCUCAUCACAUUCAGAAGUCAUUUUAUACACAUGGUCCGAUAAAGUCAAUGGGACAGGCCAUGCUCGACAAUUAUCCAGUGUUGAAGUAUCAAAUGGAAUCGAUGACCAUGGUGAAGACAUUGAGUCUACAGUGAACGAAUUGUAUAAUGCAGUUGCAAGUGCAGUUGACCAAAUACCAGAAGGUGUACUUGGACCAUUUCCUCUAUUUUUAGGUGCAACGGCAGGAAUAAGAAUUCUUAAUCUAACCAAACCUGAAUUGGUUGAUGAAAUAAUGUCCAGUAUAAACACCAAUCUAAGCAAUUCUGAUUUCAACGGACGCUCAUUGGACGUCAAACAAGUUCGUAUUCUAAGUGGAUCAGAGGAAGGUCUCUAUGCAUGGGUAACAGUCAAUUAUCUACUGAACUCUCUGGAAGAUGAUUCAACUGCUCAACCCGACGAAAUGGACACUCUUGGUAUGCUUGACAUGGGGGGAGCUUCAUCACAAAUCGCCUAUCAAAUAAAUGAAACCAAUGAAAACAAGAAUGAUCAAUCCGUCAACUCUGUAUCAUUAUUUGGUAAAAAUUAUACUGUUAAAUCACAUUCAAAUCUCUGUUUUGGUUCGGACCAAGGCUAUACAAGAUAUCUUUUUGAAUUGGUGCGUCGACAUUUUGACAACACUGAAAUUGAAAAGGAUUCAGCUGACAAUUCAUCUUCCAUUAGGUCGAUUAAAAUACGUGAUCCAUGUAAUCAUGAUUCUCCAGUUGAAAUGCACAGAGGAACUGAAUUUACCUCUAAUCCCUGUUUGAAAACAUUAUCAACCUAUGAUUUGGAAAACACUGAAAUUACAUUUGAACCGUCGAUGAAUCAUUCUAAAUGUGCAUCAGUUAUAAUUGAUUUAAUUGACCAAUCUUAUUGUGAGCAACAUUAUGCUCUUUGUCCUACAAGUGAAUCCGAUCCAGCACCAUUGAAAACUCAUUUCUAUGCCAUCUCAUCUUAUUACUAUUCAACCAAAGUUUUACCUUCAAUACAAAACGGUGGUGAUGUCUUUCAUAAUGACACUGAUUACUUGCAUCAAGUGAAUCACUGGUGUACGACUCCUUGGGUGGAGAAAGUUCAACUUGCUGAUCCAAAAUAUGCCCGAUAUUUAUGUUUCAAACAAUUAUACAUUUAUUACACUUUGAAAACAAUCUAUCAAUUUACUGAUGACCAGUGGCCUUACAUUCAUUUUCGCAAUAAAAUCAGAGAUUCCUCACUGGGUUGGUCUCUUGGUUAUAUGAUAACAGAAACAAAUAUAAUACCCUCAAAACCUGUUAAACCCGUGAUUUGGUCAAAAUAUGCAUCUUUUGGAUCACUCGGAUUAUUAGCUGCUGUAAUGAUAUUUCUUACAGCUUACUGGAUUGGAAGACGAUCAAAAAGUGCUGAUAUCAAUCAUGCUUGAUACCAGCGUGAGUCGCCUCGACUUUAACCUUAUAAUUUCAUCGACCUAUUCCUAGCUUCAACUAAACUGCUUCUUGUGUUAAACAAGAUCUAAUCAAAUGAUAGAAACGAUCAGUUUUUGUUUUGGACAAUCUUUUACGGCAGAAUGGCUCUUCUUUUUUAAAUAUCAUCUGUAAACCAAACUGAUCUCACAAUAAGAGCAAAUUAUUGUAAUACAAUUAAAUUUGGUUUCACUUGUUUAAAAGUUUUCUCGAGACCACAAAUUUUUCUUGUCCUAUCGCCGCAGAAACCCAACAUUUAUUGUUUACUGCUUUAGACUGAUGUUAAAUCAAAGUUACUUGACCAGUUCAGUGGUCAGGAACAUAAUUUUUAAGUUGAACCAUUAAGAUGAUUUGGCCCCUUUUUUCAUGUAAAAGUAAACCUGUUUAAAAAGGCAAAAAGAGAUGAAAAAUUUGGGACAUUUAAAAGGGUCAGAGUAAAAAGUUUGCCUAAAUAGUGACUAUCAACAUAAGACAAUUAAGUUUUAAAUAAGUAGUUUUACAAGAUGUUUUAUUAUAAUUGACAAAUUCAUUAUCAAACUGAUUAAAAUCUACCAUCUUUUAUGAUCAAAUAUA